UCCUGCUUUUUUUUUUUUACACCCCUAAAGGUUGUGUGGCCCUGCGGGAGUGUCUCUGUCUGCUGUUACCUGUGCACUCCGCUCCGCUGGCUCGCCUCGGGUGAUCAGUCGGGGACUCGAUGUGACAGAAAUUACGCAUCCUGGAUCUCCGAGACAGAAGUCCCAGCUGAUCCACGGCUGCUCUUCCACCGUACCGGGUCGGGGUUUGGAUGGUGAAGACAGAUGUAACGGAUCAUCCCCACCUUUGCGUAUCGCAGCUGAUUUUUGGAUCCUACGAACUUGUUCUCCACUCUUGUGUUCCUUCUGAAUCAUGUUUCUGGUCUACAGGAAAGCGGCGGCGUGAAGACGAUGUGGCUCUCACAGCUACACCGUCGGUCUGGACUGACUCACCGUGUUUUACCUGGACGCUUGCGGAUGAUUUUGCGCUUUUGAAAAAAAAUCUCCUUGCACAUAAACAGGACUCUGAUGUUGAAAACACAAAAGGCUGAACACUGAAUCCUUUACUCAAGACGGCAAGCGACGAUGGUUCCUACGUGUUUAAUGUAUAUUUCAUUAGAUUGGCGUCCAGUCUGAUCAACAUCAUCAGCGAUGUAGUCAGCCUGUUCAUCUGCGUGCUGAUCAUUUGCAGUAAAUACUCACAUCUGCUCAAAAGGGAGACCAUGAAGAUGAUCCUCCUGCGCAAAUUCCGAGUUCUGAUCCUCAUGGUGUUCCUCAUCGCUUGCUCCAUGCACAUCAUGAUAGACUUGUUACCGAAGCUGGAGAGGCACGGCAACAGCGGCUGCUCUUGCUCCCACACGCCGAGCGAGGAGCCUCAGAGCUGGGGGAAGCAGGGCUGGCCUAACAAGCACACGCUGCGAAUCCUCCAGGACUUCAGCAACGAGCCCAGCUCCAACGUGUCCUCCCACUCCCUGGAAAGGGUCCCGGUGACGGGGGACAAAACGCAGGCGCUCAGGAGGCUGGAGCAUCUCGGGCAACGCGGCGACAGGAAGAGGCAGUUCAUCCAGGACGCCACGGGGACCAGAAACGUGCCGCGUAAGGGUUCAAGGUUGUCGGCUCUCUAUGACCACCCCUUAUAUAAAAGAUCCCUGCCACCUCUGACGGACGAGGACACGCUGUUCAACGUCAACACGGACAUCAGAUUUGACCCCAAAGCUGCAGAGGAUCAGGCAUGGAAUAAUGAAGGCAACCUGGAUGAGUUCAGCCCAACAGGGGAGCUGACGCCCGACACCUACCCCAACUGGCUCCGCUUUCACAUUGGGAUUAAUCGAUACGAGCUGUACUCCAGACACAACCCGGUCAUCGACGCCCUCCUGAAGGACCUGGUCACUCAGAAGAUCACCAGCGUCGCAAUGAAGUCUGGAGGCACUCAGCUCAAGCUCAUCAUGACCUUCCAGAACUAUGGCCAGGCUCUCUUUAAACCUAUGAAGCAAACCCGGGAGCAGGAGACCCCACCAGACUUCUUCUAUUUCUCUGACUUUGAAAGACACAACGCCGAGAUCGCCGCCUUUCAUCUGGACAAGAUCCUGGACUUUCGGCGUGUCCCUCCUGUGGCCGGCAGGCUUGUCAACAUGACGAAGGAGAUCCGAGAUGUCACACAAGACAAAAAGCUCUGGAGGACCUUCUUUAUUUCACCAGCCAACAACGUGUGUUUCUACGGAGAGUGUUCGUACUACUGCUCCACUGAGCAUGCUCUGUGCGGUAAACCAGACCAGUUAGAAGGAUCCCUGGCUGCCUUCCUCCCGGACCUGGCCCUCGCCAAACGCAAGACCUGGAGGAACCCAUGGAGACGCUCCUAUCACAAACGCAAGAAGGCAGAAUGGGAGGUGGACCCGGACUACUGCGAGGAAGUCAAACAGACUCCACCGUAUGACAGUGGGACACGACUGCUGGACAUCAUGGACAUGACCGUCUUUGACUUCCUCAUGGGAAACAUGGAUCGCCACCAUUAUGAAACAUUCGAAAAGUUUGGAAAUGAGACCGUCAUCAUCCACCUGGACAACGGCAGAGGCUUUGGAAAGCACUCCCAUGAUGAGAUAUCCAUUCUGGUGCCGUUGACCCAGUGCUGCAGGGUAAGGAAGUCGACCCAUUUGCGUCUGCAGCUGCUGGCUAAGGAAGAAUACAAGCUGUCCAUGCUCAUGGCAGAAUCCCUGGUGAGGGACCGCCUUAGUCCCAUCCUCAUCCAGCCACACCUGGAUGCCAUGGACCGACGACUACGCCUGGUGCUCAAUGUGCUGUCAGAAUGCAUUGAAAAGGAGGGCUACAGUUACGUUGUAGAGGACGACCUCGAUGGGUACCAAGGGACAGACCACGGCCACAACGGCCCACGUCGGAGGUAGCUGUCCCGGGGCGCUGGCAGCUAGGUAGGACUGACUCUCUGGAGAUAGGAGAUUGAGUCUUUCUCUUAAAACUGAACUGGCACCUUGUAACACAGGUGAGCUCCAUCUGUACCGAAUUCCUCAGAGGGCUCGAUUUUUUUUUUUGUUAGCUGAACUUUCAGGGAAGCCUGUUUGCCUGAGGUUAAUAUAAGCUGUCUGGAAGUGGAAGCCUGCUGGAUAGGACUGGACCUUGACAAACAAGUGCAAUGACUUUAACUGCACAGAUGCUCGCAGGUGUUGUCGAAGAGUUCUGGAUGGAUCUGGGGCCGGGUCACAAACUAAACUGAACCAACCCCCACAUCACCUAGAAUCCUUAAAUUAUCAACCCCUGACUCUAGUGUAGGAUGAUGGUGACAGCGCACCAACCCACCGCAGCACUACCAAACCAUGAAAGUUUUGCAAGAGACACUUUCUCUCUGUCUUGUUCAGGACCCUUUUUUGAAUUCAGUGAAUUCUGAGAGACUUGUAAAGAACCCCCCCCCCCCUCUCUUCACAAGCUGAAUUAUAUGUUUAUACGUAUUGUUGGUAUUGCAAGUGUUUGGGUUGAACAUUCACGGUGGAGGAGGAUGUAGAGAUUGACUUCCUGUUGUCUUAAUUAUCAAAAUGAUGUUUUAUUACAUAGUAUUAUUAUUUUUUUUGAUUACUGCGUAGUUGAUUCAGCUUUUUCAAGAUGGAAAUAUUUGAUUGGAGUGCAGGCUUACUCCGCGAUUUGUCUUUUAAUUUUGCCCAUAAAUGUUACUUGUACUUGAGAGAGUAUUUAUUAAAAUUCAUAUUUAUUAUUUUAAAUGAACACAAAUCGGUUUCUGUUAAGAAUGAACUGUAGAAUUUUCAUCACAGUGGUGCACUUCCUAAUUUGUCCACAAGGGGGCAAACUGAGCAUGUGCAAAAGUAGCUGCCAGGUCCGUGCCUCUCAGUGAAGUUAACCCUCCACAUUUCACCCCAUUCCAAGUAUCAAGUUCGCUUUAAAAUAAGUAUUGUUCGACAACAUUUAAUCCAGCAACUGUUUCUGUUUUAUUCUUUCAGUGCAACAGAUAUGAGGUUAGAUUUAUGGUACCAAAAGCCAAAUGUGACACCAAUAGUUUUUAAAUUAUUGUUUCUUUGUAAUAUAUUUGAUGUCCAGAUGUUGCUGUUGUGGAGAGAUUAUUUUUCAAGAUGUAUAUUUCAUUCUUUACCAACAGCUGAUAGCUUUUAACUGUUGGUGUCAACGAUUCAGUCGCUGGCUGAAAGUUAAUAUAUACAGUAGGAAAAUCUAGUGCCUGUGCAAUGAUAGAAAUACUUGAAUGUCUGGUUUCAUAGCAGAAAGGCUGGAACUCCUCCUGGGUACGAGCUAUAGGUAAGAUUCAGAGGUCUACAUAUAUGUGUGUGCUGACUCCAUCUGUUCCAUAAGGGGUUUAUUAUACAGUCUAAGUUUCCAUAGUCCUGUGUCAGGUCAGUUCAGUGUGUAUGGACAUAUGGGUGGAUCCAUAGUGAACCUUAAGAUGAUGUAUUCUUAAAGUGAAAAUGAUUCUUUUUUCUUUUCUCUUUUUUUUUAUUCAACUCAUGGUUUCUGUGGAUUUUUACCAUUCCUUUGCAUCAUGGUAAAAGUGCAAUAAAACAAAAU